UUAUGACGACAUUUCUUUAUUUAUUUUAAUUAUCGGAUAAAUUGAGGCUGAAUGAAAAUACUCAUUACAGAGCUUUUAACUCUACAAGAGAUGAUGAGCAAUUAAGCAGCACCUCGCGAAGUGUUUUGCGAGACAAAUCGAGUGCGUAAAUCAUGACUGGAAAUCUUUGUCAUUUGGAUCGCUUGGUGGCAAAACCGUACAUGCAAAUAGCGAUAGGUCUGCGGGGUAUUUAAACGUAGAAACCCACAGAAGAAAAAAAGGGGUAUAUUGAAAUACGAGCACCACUUCCGGGCUCGUCACUGCAGCGGCUAUAGUGGAGCGGGACAUCAGUGCUCGGACAGCCGGGGGAAGUGGAUCGGUGUCCGUGGUGGUGGACGACGCUGGCGGCAUGGCUGCGGGCAAAGGAGCCGAGAGACACUCCGCUCUAUGGGACAAUAUGAAGAUACGGUUCAUCAUAUGCUUUUUCGGAGUAUUUGUCUGUUACUUUUACUACGGGAUCCUACAGGAGACAAUCACAAGAGGAGACUAUGGCCACGGAGAAAAGUUCAGAUUUGCUCGAACUUUAGUGUUCAUCCAAUGCAUCAUCAAUGCUAUAUUUGCUAGACUAUUAAUCCAGUUAUUUGAAGGGCCCAAACCUGAUCUCACAACAAACUGGCUCUAUGCAUUGUGUUCACUGUCCUAUGUUGGGGCCAUGGUGUCCAGUAACUCAGCCCUCCAGUUUGUCAACUACCCCACACAGGUGUUGGGAAAAUCUUGUAAACCCAUACCAGUCAUGAUUCUUGGAGUGACGAUACUGAGGAAGAAAUAUCCACUCGCCAAGUAUCUGUGUGUGCUGCUGAUUGUGACCGGCGUGGCUCUGUUCCUCUACAAACCGAACAAGAGCUCCGCUGUGGCAGAUGACCAUGUCUUUGGCUUUGGGGAAAUUCUCCUGCUGGUCUCCCUGACGCUGGAUGGUCUUACUGGAGUGGCUCAGGAUCACAUGAAGGCUCGUUUCCAGACCACAGCCAACUACAUGAUGCUGAAUAUAAAUCUGUGGUCUACUCUGGUGCUUGGACUAGCUGUGCUGUGGACUGGUGAGGUGUGGGACUUUUUAAGCUUCACCGAACGCCACCCGAGUAUUAUCUACAAUAUUCUUCUGUUUGGGUUGACCAGUGCUUUGGGUCAGACAUUCAUCUUUAUGACAGUGGUCUACUUCGGCCCUCUGACCUGCUCCAUUGUGACCACCACAAGAAAGUUCUUCACCAUCCUUGGCUCUGUGAUUCUGUUUGGAAAUGUCCUGACCACCAUGCAGUGGGUCGGCACUAUCCUAGUCUUCUUAGGUCUUGGAUUGGAUGCUAAAUUUGGCAAAGGUCCCAAGAAGCACUGAAUCCCUCAACAGCCUGUAAACGGAUCUGUGCGGAUUUUAGCUCUGUAGUAAAUGUAGGAGUCCUUCACAUGAACUCCGUCCACUCUUGUUCUCAGCUGCUGCUGAAAGAACAUUUUUACUUUUUCUUAUAAAGAAGCCAAUAACAUAAUUAGAUAUGACUAUACAUAUCUCAAGGACAACCUUAUUCUUGCUGCAUGACACAACAGAAGAUACUGUAGCUGUUCAAUGUAUUUUUUCUACUACCAGCUGUAAAGUAAAUAUUAAACACAACAAGGCCUAAAGAAUUCCCAGCAUUAACUCCUGAAUAUACUUAUAGGCCUGUGGAUGGCCAGUGAAUGGUUUACAAAUGUUUGAUCAUGUUGUAGUUUGAGUUGAAAACUGUCAUCACAAAAAUGUCAUUUAUAAAAAUAUCAACAUGUAUGCA